AUGUGUCCAGAAUGGAGACGCGCGCGGCGGGGCUUAAUUAUCCGUCGAUCCGCGGAGAUGAGACGGGAUGCAAUUUGUGGUUAAUUGCGAAUGAAAGCCCCCGCAGACCAGCGCCAGGACUAUCCAAUCAUACUUAACCCACGCGCAGCCACGGCGCGGCCUCCUCGCUGCCUCGCGGAAAUGCGGAUUGAUUUUUGGCACGAGGACGCGCGGCCUUAAAUCGACCAGUAUUGAUAGAUUUGGCCGUUUGUGGUGUCAGAGGCAUUCCUUUUUACAGACAUCAAUGGGUAAAGUAGAUACAAUAAGCUGUUUUUAAUAAAGCUACUAAGGCAGAAUGUGUUUUACACUGUUGCUCUAUUUGAUCGUUUUACUUUUCUUUUUAUGGCUAUAUCCGUACACGUUCAAACUCAGUCAUAUUUCCGUUGCAAUUGUAUCCCUUCAUAUUCAUGGUAUUCUGUUUUUCCUACCAGAUUUGUAUGCCAUUUAUGUUUGGCAUUACACAUGAAUGGAUCAUUUUUUCCAGAAGCUACAUAUGUUUCGAUCGGCUGGUCUCAUGAGAUGUAAAUCACCGGCAUUGUUUCCUUACAGAAAUUAAAAACUCUAAAAAUUGCCUAAUACUUAAUUCAAUAAAACAAUCAGUAGGGUUUCAUGUUGCGUAAAGAUCGUCCGUGAGAGUCCAAGAGUCCAAAAUAUAUUCCCAUUUUCAAUUGAUUAACAAAUACCACGAGUUAACGAUAAUGCUCGUGAAACCCAAACACGUGCUCGACAACCUUGUUACAUAACCGAAAAAAGUGUUCCUCGGUUCCCAGUUUAGUUUUUCCUUCUGAGAAUCUUCCCGCAGCUCUCGUCUUGAACCCCCCGCUUCGUCCGUGCAGUAGCACCUGCUCGGUCGCUAGAGGGGGGGGUCCUGCUGCACCUGUCCUCCCGUGCGCGCUCCCCUUGCUCUCCUCGGCUGUCUUCGGCUCUGCUCGGCCUCGCUCGUGCCGGCCCUCUUGCCAGAGGUACAGGCUUCCCAGCCCGGGCUGGGCUUUCCUACGGAGAGAACGCAAACGCGACGCGGUGGUCUCCUCCCAUUGGCCCGUCCCACCUCUGAGUGGGAGGGUCGCGUGCCACGCUGUCUUUAUAAAGAGCAGAAUGCCUCGCAGCGCCUCAGUGACACCACUGCUUUCUCCGUGGAGCGCCAAUACGAACUAUUUUGAGUUAGUGAUUCCGUUAGUGAGGGAACCAACUGGAAUGUAUCACCUCUUGCGUAAUAUCAAACACAGCCAUCACGUAAAGGUCAGCAGCGCGCGCCCCUUUUUGAGGAGGGACCGGACCGGUUGGGACGGAAGCUGUCAGCAAUCCGCUGCUUGAAUCAAAUAUCUGGACCGACCACAACAACAUUGGACCAGAUUCUCCUUCCCGCACGAGUGUGGCCUCUACCUGCAGCUCCUGCUCCAUGUCAGAUGCAUAUUGUCUUUGAAAACGUUUGCACGUGCCAUUCCAUUUUUUUGGUGGGAUUCCUGGGACUUUUAAAUUUUUUUUGGCAAGCCUGCGGAGCGCGCAUACGCACGCACGCACCCACACACGCUGUGUGAUCUGACCGUGUGACUAACUUUCGAACCGGGCCAUGCUGCAGUGACUUCAGGCCGUUGCCCGGAACUUGGCGAACAAGUUGUAGACGGCGGGAGGAGGAGGAGGGGCCGGGGGGCGGCGGGGGGACGAGAAGGAUGCUCGGGACGUAUUUAUAACGCAGCCAGCGGAGGAGACGAAGCCGCCUUCUGUUACUCGAUCGAGCCCAGCACGAGGACACUUAAUCACAAGGAGGCAACGUGUGCUGCCGAGGUGAAGCUGGGACAAGACAGGUUGGUGUCUCCGAAUCCACCCGGCUCGAGUUUCGGCCGCCCCGGGGGCUCCUGGUAUUUAAGCGUGCAUUUGACCCGGGAUAAGUUGUCAACAAGAGCAGCGCGCAGAGGCGAACUGGCAGGUGUUCAAGUUCAUUUACAUGCAUACGUAUAUUCACGCCACUAUAUAUAGAAGUUGUCUUAGGGACGGGCAGCCGUAAUAAGUUUCUCCUCCCACCACCCGCCGGGUGUGUGCGCUCCCGGGCGUGUGCGCGUGUCUAUAUAUACACGCACCGUCCAGGCUGUUAUUCCUGCUCGCGGUCUGUACCCGAGAGGGCUGCCCGCCGUCGGUUUGGCUGUGAGGGCAGGAGUCGUCGCAUGGACUGACAUGGCUACCGACCUCGCCAUGAGCGCGGAGCUGCCCAACAGCCCCCUGGCCAUCGAGUACGUCAACGACUUUGACCUCAUGAAGUUCGAGGUCAAGAAGGAGCCGCCGGAAGCCGACCGCUACUGCCACCGCCUCCCGUCGGGCUCCCUGUCCUCCACGCCGAUCAGCACGCCGUGCUCCUCCGUGCCUUCCUCGCCGAGCUUCUGCGCCCCGAGCCCCGGCGCGCAGCCCAACCAGAGCCUCACCAGCGGGGUCAACAGCAGCGGCAGCAGCAGCAACAACAGCAGCGGCGGCGGCGGCGGCGGCGGCAACGGCCACGGCAACGCGGGCAAGCCCCAGCUGGAGGACCUGUACUGGAUCCCCAGCUACCAGCACCACAUCAACCCCGAGGCGCUGAACCUGACCCCGGAGGACGCGGUGGAGGCCCUCAUCGGCAACACGCACCACCACCACCACCACCAGCCCUACGACGGCUUCCGCGGGCAGCAGUACGCCGGAGAGGACCUGUCCACGGCCUCGGCGACGCACCAUCACCAGGGCCACCACCACCACCACCACCACCACCACGGCCACCACGCCCGCCUGGAGGACCGCUUCUCGGACGAGCAGCUGGUCAGCAUGACGGUGCGGGAGCUCAACCGGCAGCUGCGGGGCUUCAGCAAGGAGGAGGUGAUCCGCCUGAAGCAGAAGAGGCGCACCCUGAAGAACCGGGGCUACGCGCAGUCCUGCCGCUUCAAGCGCGUCCAGCAGAGGCACAUGCUGGAGACGGAGAAGUGCACGCUGCAGAGCCAGGUGGAGCAGCUGAAGCAGGACGUGGUGCGCCUCGCCAAGGAGAGGGAUCUUUACAAGGAGAAGUACGAGAAGCUGGCCAGCCGGAGCUACUCUGGCGGCGGCCCCGCGAACACGAGGGAUCCGUCCGGGAAACAGGCCAACAACGAGUUCUUCAUGUGAGAGAGACUCUGAGAUACGGCCCCCGCCUCAGCGCCAUGGUUACAUGCGUUUAUAUUUCUCAUGCGUCUGUAUGUUGUUUACAGUUAUUCCCUUGAAAGAGACUUAAAUCACACACAAGUAAACAAACACGCAUUAGACGCGCACCGAAAGUAGCCCGUGGGCGCAUUUUGAGUCUUAACGAUGUUUUGUCUGAACUCACUACAAGUUGUCAAGUGGGCACAUGGGAUCACAGAGCCUGUAGACUUAGUCCCGUUGAACCAAACGGACAUUUCAUUGCCGUCCCAAUCGAGAGAGGGAGAGAGAUGAUUUUGUCUUAAAAGUGGCUGAAAGAGUGACGUUUUUCUUUUUUUAAAGAACGGGAUCGAACUGAAAUAAGACGCAGGAAAAAAGCAAUACGCCGCCUCUCCUGUCGGCUCCGGAAAGCUCCACGGACUGUUUGCGUGAUGAGGGCGAGGCGGUCUGCGGUGCGAGACGAGAGAAGACCGCCUUUCUAAUAUUGCAAGUCUAUAGUUUGCCAUCCCCAUUUGCAACCCUGCAUGCAGGACAUGUAUGGUGACCUCCAGCCUCUUCCCGGAAUCCUUCCACGCGUGUGGAAAGCAUGGCCCACGGCUCUCUCCUCCAUCCGCCUCCUCCUCCUCAUCCAUCAAUAAGGCCUGGGUGUAUGCAAGAACAACAAACAGCCCCCCCACCCCCUAUUCCCACCCUCUCCCCCCAGAAGUGCAAGGACUGCGGACAAACAUAAUGGGAAAAUACCCAAUCUGCUAUUGAGAAAUAAUGGAUGCGUCUUUAAACUGCUAUUUUCAAUCAAAUUUUCUAUUGUUUUAAAAAGAAAAGAAAAGAAAAACGACAAAAAAAGAUGACCUGAGCCAGAUUUUAGACUGUAUUUAUUUCCACCUGUACAUAAUGUGUAGAGAAAAACAGUUGACUGUGUCAUUUUACCUUUUUCUCUUUUUAAAGAAAACUUGCUUUGAAGUUGCUUGGAUUAUUCGACAUGUCUUAAUACAAAUGUUUGUAUGUUACAGCAUGCGAUUCGUCUAUGGUAUCCUCCUCCUAACAUGUGUAAUGUCAAAGGCAAGCCUACUGCACUAAGAAGAGAUCAAACCGGGCAAACGUUUUGUUUUCUACUGAUAGGACCUUUGAUCUGAUGUUACUCUCUAAAAACCUGGAUGAAAAUUAAUUUAUUAGACGGACACGGAAUGCAUUCGCUGCUAAAACUCUAUGCACCAACCCGAUGAUUAAAAUAUUUAAAAACAAAUAUUUGUAGACGGGAUUCUUUUGGGAGGGGCCCGUGGUUUCAUUCUGCAGCCCGCUGUCUUAAAACGGUGCUGUGUCCGGUGAGAGACGUCGCCGGGUGAUAGAGCUUUCUGUGCUUGGAGUAACUCCAUGAUUUAUUCUGUCAUCAAGGUUCCUGUGUUUUCUGCUGCCUAGAUAUGUUUGCAAUAUUGUGCAGAGUCCGACGCGCAGACUGCAGAAGACCUGUUGGAAUGACGGAGACUUGCAGGAAAUGAGAAGCCGGUGUUUUACAUUCAGAUCGAAAUGCCACAAAGAAAAACAACUAUAGAAAAUGCAAAAUAGACGGUGUUUUGCAUUGGUGGGAGCCUUAAGAACAAAAACGAUCAAAAUGAAUCCCGCAACACUGAUUCAUGUUUUAAAAAUAAUAAGUCGUGGGUUCCAUUCAGUAACUGUCUGUUUUAAUUUAUUUGUGAUUCAUUUAAUUUUCCAUUUUCGUUUUUUUUCUAUAAACAAAUUGCCGCCUAAAAAUCCCAAUUUGAUUUGAAAGAAAACUGCGAGACAUAAAACGGAGAUGCAAAGGAGCGCAAACUUCUGCACAGUGCUGUUAAUGUAUAUCUGUACAUAUGAUUUCUAUAUUUAUUCAAUGAACGUGUCCUAACGUGUCGACAAGUGAAAAACCUACAAAGUGGAACGUUGUUCUUGUUUUCAUAAUGUUUAAUAAAAAGUUCUGUCCCAAA